AUUCGAUCAAAGACUUCUGAUAUUGUUAACGCCUGCCGUUAUUAUAUGUCCCAAAUUCCUGAUUGCGAGACUAAUCUUCGAGCGAUUCCAGAAAAACAUGACAUAAAUUAUGUUCAGAAGUGGUUUUCUAGAAGUAAAAUUGAGAUUGGAAAUAAAACGUUAUCAUUCGACGCUUGGGCUAGAGAGCUAUUUUUAUCAAACAAAAGGCUAAUUACUUUAGUCCAGUAG